UUCAACUGGUCGGUUCCGGUUCAAAUAAAUAUAAACGUAAUUUAAGCCUCAUCAGCCUCUUUCGCCUUAUCUAUCGUUAGAUGCUUCUUCUUCUCCACCACCACCACCAGUGAGAAAGAGAUAGAGAUAGUGCUCAAAGCGAUAAAAAAUGGCGGUUUCUCUCCCGAACUCGUUCCUCCAGAUCAACCCAUGCGCUCCUUCUCUGGUAGCUAGAAAGCCGGUUAAGGCGGCAGCGAUUGGCGCGAGAGGAGGAGGAAGUAAACCGUCGGUGGUUCAAAUAACGUGCAGGAAGAAGGAUUUGCACCCCGAGUUUCACGAGGACGCCAAGGUCUACUGCAACGGGGAGCUCGUGAUGACCACGGGAGGGACCAAGAAAGAGUAUGUCGUCGAUGUUUGGUCCGGUAACCACCCGUUUUACCUCGGGAACAGGUCGGCUCUGAUGGUUGAUGCUGAUCAGGUCGAGAAGUUCCGUAAGAGGUUCGCGGGGCUGUCGGAGAUUAUGGAGAUUCCGGUUCUGAAAGGAGAGAUCGUGUUGCCGACCAAGAAGAGCAAAGGUGCUGGCAAAGGGAAGAAGAAGUGAUGAGACUUUACAAUGUUUUCUGGUAAAAGUUUUAGAUUUGUCUCUUUUUUUUUUUUUUUAUUCAAUUAAAAGUGGACUGCUUUGGCUGUUGAAUUUGUAUGUUGCUUUUCUUCUGAAUGCAAAUGAUUAUGCUUUAUUUUGAUA